CGCCGAGAUGUUGAAAGGGAGGGAGGGGUCGUGCAAAUCUGCCAUUUAUUCGUAAAAGGAACAGGCUACGCGCGCCAGAUGUCGGUUGGCUGGCACGACCAAUGACGCGUUCGCUCUGAGCUUUGCCGCGAAGCGGCGGUGCGAAUCUGCCGGCUGUCACAUGCAGCCAGUUAUCCCGUCGACGCUUGACGGUGCAUCGUUGCAGGUGCGUCUAAACUGGUUCGACUCCGUCGAUCCGCCGUUUCCUCGGUUCCUGCCGCGAUUGACUUUUCGCGUUGCUCGGCCGGCCGUGCGAAUCGGUCGUGUCACACUCGGCGAAACGACGACGGCCUUCGAGUAUGCAUCGACUUGGCGACGCCAGUGCCAUACCUGCGGUGAGACUAGAAGAGGACAGGUUCGCGUAGGCGCAUCGUCGUUAUGAAUGGAAGCGGUCGUCCUGUUUGACAUAACCGUGUUGCAUCGCGGUGGAAUAUCGAACGAACGAGGGGCUCAAGAACGCUCGGGAGUCGUGACGCUCACCACCGUCGAAGCGAGAGAGCCCGGGCACGUCCGUGUGAAACACUGAACAACGCGGAGAAAGAGGAUCGUCGAGGGCAGAACGGCGAGACGUAACGACGAGGCACACGGACCGCGCGCGUUGUCGUCGGAAAGGGGCGAAGUUCAAUGCAUUCGUGAAAAUUGGGGAGCAUCUGUGUCGGUGUGGCUGCGUCGUGAGAAAAGAGGGUGCCCCCACGGCGUGUAUAUGUCAGUGAUCGGUGAACGCAGGCGGCGGUCCUUGUUCCAUCCGAAGCCGAACGGUGGACGGGAAGCGAGACGACAGAGAAAGCCGAGGCAGGAGCUGCUGCUGCUGUACCACAUCGUCGACAGCGUGCCGGCGUUUCGAGUGGCUGAGAGUUCGUGGACGGCCACCUUAACCGCGAGGCAAACCAGCGCGUGAAUGUAUUGGAAGCGGUGGCCGCGCGUCCUACGUCGCCGUCGCCGUUGCGAACGCCGUGAAAACGGUACGGCAUCGUGGAUAUCGUCGGGAGGCCAUCCGCGCCCAUGGACACAUCACCCGGACCGAUGGCACAGCGCGUGUCGUGAUCGCGGCGCGACGGAAACGUCGAGAAUGCCGCGGACGUCACUCUCGUCGUCGGAUGGAAGGAUGGCGGUAAUCGAGAUCGUCGACGAGAUCGAUGCGCAUUGGAACGGAAUCGAUUAAUAAAUCAGCGAAACGAUACGGGGGAAGACAAAACGGCGAAGUGCGCGUGGUUAGGUGAGGUGAGGUGUGGUGUGGUGAGGUGUGGUGAGAGGUGAGAGGUGAGGUGUGGUGAGCCGGAGGUACACCUCUCCCUCCCCCUCCCGCCGCCGGUCGGAGGUUAGGACUUCCUAGGUACACGCGAGGAUCCCCGAAGAUGAACUUCAUGAUAUAUACCCUGUAUGGGUUCGCGGUGUUCUUCAUGAUAUUCUGGUCGGGUAUGUGGAUCCUCCAUGUGCUGGCGUUGAUAGCCGGUCGAUGCAAGCUGCACCGUAAAAUCAUCCAAGUGCCGACGUACGAGACCCCGUUGCCCGGCGUGUCGAUCAUCAAACCGUUGAUGGGCGUUGAUCCGAACCUGUACAACAACCUGGAGACGUUCUUCACGAUGGAGUACCCCCGGUACGAGCUGCUGUUCUGCGUGGAGGACGACUCGGACCCGGUGCUGAUGCUGGUGCGCAAGCUGAUCGAGAAGUACCCGGAGGUGGACGCCAGGCUGUUCACCGGCGGCCGUAACGUGGGCGUGAAUCCGAAGAUCAACAACAUGCAGCCGGCGUACGAGGCGGCGAAACACGAGCUCGUGUUGAUAAGCGACAGCGGUAUUAAAAUGAAAGAGGACACUCUCCUCGACAUGGUGAAUUACAUGACGGACAACGUGGCGCUGGUCCACCAAAUGCCGUUCACGUGCGACCGGGAGGGUUUCGCCGCCGCGUACGAGAAGAUCUUCUUCGGCACCGUGCAGUCGCGCAUGUACCUGGCCGCCGACCUGCUACGGAUCAACUGCCACACAGGCAUGUCCGCGUUGCUGAGGAAGGCGCCGCUGGACGAGGUGGGCGGACUGAAAACGUUCGGCGUGUACCUGGCCGAGGACUUUUUCUACGCAAAGUCGUUGACCGACCGGGGCUGGCGUAUCACGGUCUCCUCGCAGCCGGCGUUGCAGAACAGCGGCCACUGCGAGCUGCAUUCCUUCCAGGCGAGGCUACGAAGGUGGGCGAAACUCAGAGUGGCCAUGCUGCCCACCACGAUCGUGCUGGAGCCGUUGAGCGAGUGCUUAGUGUUAGGUGCCUGUGCUUCCUGGGCGGCCAGCGUACUCCUCGAGUGGGACUCGCUUGUUUUCUAUUUGGUACACAUACUUUUGUGGUUCAUGCUCGACUGGACGCUGCUGUGCGUCGUGCAGAACGGCCCGCUGCCGUUCAACAAAUUAGAGUUUGUGUGCGGAUGGUUGCUCAGCGAGAUCACCAGGCCCUAUCUUUUCCUCCAAGCGGUUCUAGAUCCCCUGAUACAGUGGCGAUCCCGCGUUUACAAGCUCAGGUGGGGCGGCGUCGCGGAAGAGGUUAAGGCAAAAGUCAAAUAUUAAAACGGACCGCGUGGGAAACCGCGUUCUUCGUUCUCCAUUGUCUUUCUCUAUCUCUAUAUUUCUCUCUCUCUCUCUCUCUUCUUUCUCUCUUUCUCUCUCUCUCUCUUCUCUCUUUCUGUCCCUUACCUCUGGUACUCAUUUGGUUGUGUCAACGCAUUGUGGACCGGAUACAUGCUUACCGACUUCUUCACCUGCGAGAUAGAUGUUUAAGGGAAAUAGUAUUAAUAUUAAUCUCCGAUUUCACACUGGUGACAAGUGGGGGGUUAGGGGAGACGAACAAAACGGUUCACUUUUGCUACCGAUCUCAUACUUAACGAUAGAACUUUAAGUCGCGUUCCGGGGGGCGGAUCUCGUGUUCGUCAAGGCGGUUCACAAUGCGUUAAAACCAACGUGACCAUGUUCGUGAAAUUCCAGUGCGGGACAGUCCGAAUCGUACUAAUUUUAUCUUCUUUGGAUUCUUAAUGGCAGUCUGUGGCAAAAAAUAGCACACCUAUCUGUUACUUAUCGCGUUUAAGUAUGGAUCUAUCAGCUUAAUCGGUUCAAACGACUCUUGUAAUUUCUACAAAAUUACCUGUUAAUCCGUAAGAACCGCUACUCCCGUUCAAAGUGAUUGUCCUUUUAAUUUUGGAGGACUGCUUCUCUUGUCUGCCUCAUUGUUGCAAAUGAAUCCGAGACAUCGUUCGUUUCGUUGUUUUGUAACAAACUGUAAAUAACUUUUUUACCGCAAUGGAUAAUCCAACAGAUAUUUAUUGCAAGAAUAUUUUUGUUAACCGAGCGUAAACUCAAUGUAAAUAAUACCGGUUCCACUCUCUCGCUUUGUUUUCAUCGUGUCCCGGAUUAAUUUUUCCUUAAAAAAUUCGAAACAAAUCAUACGUUCAUACGAUCUUUGCACUCGCUUCGAACACUUGCACAGUUCAACCUCAACCGAAGGCAGAAUAUUCUACGAUACGCUACAACCCGUCGCUAUUUACAUUGUCGGUUGAAAGGCAAACAUCUAGUACACCGCGUCUAUCGAAACAUUAACACCGAUCCUUCAGAAUUGAAAGUAACAAAUAACAAAAUCCCGUCGCGGGUUCAUCUCGACCGAAUAAAAUCACAGAAAUGUUACGUGUGCUACGCUUUUGUCGCGGACUGAUGAAAAGUGGAUUUCGGUCAGUGAUAUCGUCAAAUGAGGACUGUUUUGCACAAUCCAAAGCGUUUGGUCAUGUUCGUCGUUGCAAGGCAUCCAUUACGCGACAGCGUAGGUGUUCCUGUAUUUUUUUUUAAUUUAAUUUAAUUUUAUUUUAAUGACACCCGAUAUAUUUUUUGCUAUACUUAUUUGUAUUACGUUAGAACGAGAUAUAAAAAAUAUGCGCCGCAUACGCACGACACAUACAUACACACACACACACACACACACGUACACUCGCGCGAUGCACUUACAUACGUAUAUACAUACAAAGAGAUAUGUAUAAAUAUUAUACGGGGGAUGUUACCGCGGGCGCGUACAAUAUACAUGCAAGCGUCUUACGUAAACACGGUAACGGUGCAAUAUGUAAGGAUACGCAUGCCGCGCGGACAUCGCUUUCGAUUAUUUUACACACUAUACCCGCCGACUGGGAAUGAUACGCUCACCGAUCGUGCAAUGUUUUUCUUUCUCAGUCCUGUUUCUCUCUUUCUUUCUCUCUUUCUUGUUUACCCGGAAUAGGUUAUGUUAGAGUGUAACGGGUUGCGCUUAACUAGACUGCUGAUUCAACGGGGACACGACCGUUGAAUCAUUAACGCUCUCCGAUACCCCUUUCCAAACGACACUUUCGUUUGCAUCGUUUUGUGCUACCUGUAAAUAACGACGGCAAAAUAGACAAUCGGAAGCGUCGUUACAGCGGAACGUCGAGCGUCGGUGCGUCACUCGCGAUGAUUUUUUUUUUUUACUUUAUUUUAACCCUUAACGGACGUACGUCACCGCCCACGUGACAUCGCGGGCAUCGUGACGAACCUUUAUCCGUCACGUGACGCGGUUAUCUUUCCCUUCGCGCCGGAAAAUGUUUCAGAGAAUAUCUGCACGUACGAACGAAGAAUUCAAGCUUUCGCGUUUAAUUUUCAAUCGCCGUUUAACGUUAGAACUACCGGAUCAGUGGAAACGAUCGAUUCCUAAAUUCUUCUUUUAGAGUUACCGCGGAGGUACAGGUACUUCUUUAAGAAACGACUCGAGAAGCUGGUUUAGCAAUACUAGUUUUUUUUAACACUUGGGCAACCGUCUAAAAAUAACUGUAACUACCUCUUCCAUUAUCUUCGAUUGAACUCGUUCGAUUAAUUUGGCUGAAAACUUUGUUUCGUAAAAACAACCGUAUUUGACGAAUUGCAAAUAAUCCUACUUGAAGACUUACUAAACAACAAAAGAGAAGAUAAAAUAAAAGACAAUACGUUGCUAAGUGAAAAGUGGGAGAUCCCAUUCGGUUGGCUAAGCGUUAAUAAAUUCGCUUGUAGCUGUCAAAGAAAUGUUCGAAAGACGGUCCACGUGCUCGGUAGUUCUAGCGUUAAUAUUCUGAUAUUUGGAUCGCGACGGAAAAUCUUGAAGUAUACCUGCUCUUACGCAAUAAAACUCGCGUGGAAUAAUUCGCGAAGCUUCUCUCGCGAGCACAUCGCAAAGAUCUACCUGACAGAUUAGAUCUGAACCAUUGACGUCCAAUAAGGGUUAAUUAGUCCGCCGAAUUAGCCCGUGCUGUCUCGGUGGGUCGAGGAAAAUGUCAAAACCGGAAUUCUGAUGAACAUUCGUAGUCUAGUCAGUAAUGUUUCCAUCCUCUCUCUAGGCUCGGAGGAAGGGGGGUCGAGGACAGAUAGUAACGAGGCCGACCUUAGGUCCCUUAUCGCAACGCGGAAUAAUUGAUGUGUUCUAAUGAAACAGUUCCCCGGAGAAAAUACUUGCGAAAGUGUACCGCAGCUGUCUUGACGCGCUGCCGACGCGACGUCUCGUCGAUUCGUAAAAUGUUUAUGUCCCUUAUCGUUGCGGCAACUGGAACUGUUCUAAUAACCGGAGAUCCGAAUGAGUUUGUUUUGUCACCGUGACACCCGGCACGGCAGCAAUGAGAAAAAACGUGGUUACAGUCGCCACGGUGCGUUCACAUUGACACCCGAUAGCCUUUUGGCGGGGAAACGAGGAAGCGAACGGACCGACUCGGCUAAACCGGCGAAAUAAAGUCGACGAGUCAACUCGUUUCUCUUGUGUCAACGGUUUCACGCCGCUUCGACGCUUUCCAUUCGUUGUUUAUCUCUCGCAUUGGGUUAGGUCAAAACAAUGCGGCUAACCGUCGCAGCGAAUGAGAUGCCUCGGUCGCGCUCGUUGUUUCGCUGGAUAUUGUAAACAGGAGAAAAGGCACGCGAGACAAAAUUCACGUCGCGGAGGGAAAGUCACCGUGGCUCGUGUUCUGUGUUGUGUUUCGUGGUGAUGCGUCCGCGUUAUUUUUCCCGGCGUCGUUCCCGAUAAGAUCGGGGGGAAAGUGGAGCCGCGGCGAAACGAGAUGCACGGUUAGCGAAAUUCGCGAGACAAAGCCGUGCAGAUGGCGCGAGUGUGAUCCUCGUUUGAAAAAAAUCGUUCGAUUACGGACACCGGUAUUGCGCGCGGCUUGACAGCGACCUCUCACAAGAAGAAGUCGUUUAAUCAUGGCGGAUUAGGUGGAAAAUAUUACACAAGUGUUUUUUCGAAUCUUCCUUUCCGUUUGCCACACGCGAACGUAAACACGACGCGCACGAUGAACCGGAGGGGAACGUGUGUACCGUAACCGAAGUUAACCUUAACGUUGUCUUGCCGAUCGUACCUUUCGGAAACACGAACAGAUGCACGGAACUUGCAUCGGCGUGACAGUUAAAACCGGAUUCACGAAUCUGCGGCCAACCAGACGGCGAAAACGGAACAUCGUCGGAAGGAUUGUUUAUUUAAAUAUUGUCCGGGGAGCGGUCUCGCUGAAUUUCCGUUCCGCGUUGUUCGCCGGGUCGCGCGAAAUGAAUAUUUAUUCCAUACGACUUUGUAAAUAACCGUGAAAGCUUGUAAAUAGACCCGAGAACGGCGUUUUAUAAAGACGCGUCUCGGCAUUAAAGGUUUUUACCGAGUGGUCGACUUUAUGUUUUCAUUUUGUUACUCGUUUCUCACUUCCUUUUCGGAUUUCCGUGUAAAAUGCGAAAGAUUGCUGGAAACGUCGAAAGAUCAUCGUACGCGUUGCCGAUACGCGUGGCAGUUUGUCUCUAGGGCCUCCUCUUCCAGCUUCAGUAGUCUAGUUGGCUUCGGUAAAUUUAUUAACGUUGGUAAAAUUGUCUAUUUUUAAACUUCUAAUUUCAAAGAUCUCGAUAAAUGGACAGCAGUUUUUCUGGGAACAAUAGAAUAAACAAUGAAUAUUUGUAGACGUAGGAAUUUCGGGCGAAUCGGAUAUUUCUCUCUGUUCAGUUUAUCCAAAAUUUGUUUCGCUGAUAUUGAAGUUGAAUGUGUAUUAAUGAGAAAUUAAUGAAAGUAUAUAGUCAUUCUUAGUUCUGUCUGUUCAUUUUCUCCUGUUAAAUCAGAACUGUUCCGAUUCGCCUUAGUCUGCCAUAUCGGUAAAAGGACAUUGGGCUUCCGAUUCCUGCGUGUAAUGUAGAUUGCAUCGGUCCCGACUCAACGAUAACAAUUUACACGUCGAAACGUGAAUCAUGAAAGCCAGGCAUCGACGCGUGCAUCGGCAACACGUAUCUCGACGUGUAGAGGCCUCGACGCGGCCGAGGGAAAGUUGCAGAUUCAGUAAUUUCUCCGCGGCGAGCGGAGUGGCGGCGCUUAACGACAAAAGUGAAUCCGGGGCUUUUGAACCCUAACACUUUCAUCGGUCAAGUGGUCAAUUAAUGGAGAUAUUUAUACGACACGAGCGAACCGUUUGGCCCCUGAAAUCGUCGACUUCAGUGACCAUAAUGAGCUCAACUGGCCCGACAAGAUGGCCGGCGUCGAUCCGCCAUCGCUGCAGUUCGGCGCUGCCCGAGAAUCGUUGGUGGGCACGCAAUCUUAUCUACCGUAACCCCCCGCCAGCUUACAGGCUGUCCCCAAAACCACAAUGCAAUUGAAAAGCCGAUUAUCCCGCCUGGAAAACCAAGUGGGAAGUAUAGAAUUAUUUUUAUACGAUGCCUCGUUCUCGCUCGCGCGCGAAAGUUUGCGCGCCCACGGUGUUCAAUAAGAAUCGGCUAACAUUUAUCCACGUCCUGCCAUUUCCAGCUACAAAUAUCCGACGAGUGUAAAGUAAACUUUCGAAAUCUAUUAUCUGGAUGAUGAAGUCCUUCGCAAGAAAGUGUCAGCCCAUAUAUCCCAUUUGUUUUCUCGCUUCCUCCUACGAUUUCAAAAAUACACUGUGUAUACACGGUCUCUCUGAUAUUCUUUAUUUCUCAUUCCCCGCGAAGAUGAGUGGAGAGCAAACAGCGGAAUCGAGUAGGAUCGCCGAUACGUCUUCCGCGGUUAAUAGCCUGGUGUUAACGUUAUGUAACCGGUGCAACGUGUCGUCAACCAUUGAAUGUUAGCAACAGUUAUCUUGAGAUCAGUCUCAGCCGGCUGUUUUUAAGUACUCGUUGUAUCAUCGCUAUUGUAUCAUCUCUGGGGACUUCCCCGAAACUCCGACGAUUUUUUUUCGCGGUUACGUAGAGCGUAUAUCUAGGUUAUCGACGGUUCGGUAAUCCUCAUCCUAGUAUUCGCUAACACGCCACUCGGUGUUCCUGGUAAUCGUUUCAUCGUGCGCCAACUUAUCGAGACAGAUGCGAUACCUUCCUUAUCGCACGUACUUUUUCGAUUGCGACGCCGCUAUCUUUUCCUAUAUCUGUCUUCGUCGCUUUUUUCUUUGCACAGGUGGUUUAUUGAUCAUUUUUCCGCGGUACUGCCAAGCGUUCGCCAUGAAUCACGGCCGAUCAACGGCUCUCCGGGAGGAACCCUCGCUGCGAAAGCUCUUUAGACAUUCGAAGAAGGAAAUUGAAAAGCGUCGCUCAUCGCCGCGACGCUCGUUACCCGGGGAAAUCAAGCCGCGGCGCGUGAAUGCAAUUAACCGCCAGGUUGUCUGCUCGCGCUUUCCCCUUGUAAUUAACACUAGAACUACCGAGCAUUUAAUACGGUUAAUAUGUGAACCCUAUGAAAGUUGUAACAGUAGAUUAUCUUCGGUUCCUUCAGACGUUCAUUGUAGUAUUCAAGCGAAACGAUUUAUUUUCAAGACCAUUUCGAAUGUUCGAUGCUUUUAAGAUAUCAAUAAUUGCGAAAUGAAACAAUCAAAUGAAACGUGAAAAUCACGGUAGAUCCCCCUCUGUAACGCGAUUAAAAUAUUCCGUGUUACGGGUUUCACGUUUACGAAUUCCGCGUGAGAUUCCCCUUUCGGAUACCGAUCCAACUUGUAUCGAGUUGGUCCUCCGCUUGUAUCAAUUUCUUACGGAAACUCUCACUUUCAUAGCUAUUUUUCGAUGAUCUUUUAAUCGCGUUAUAGCGGGUCCAACUGUAUCACGUUAAAAAUCUAUUCCACCGAGACGUGAAUUGGAUGUGGCACUCCUAAUACCACCAGACGGGUCUCUUCUCCAAAAUCAUUGAGAAGGUAUUGAUGAUCUCCGGAGAAGUUGAAUACGUUGAUUCCGAUGAACCCGAACUAUCGCGAUACAGGCAAAGUGGAAUCUCGAUGAAUAGCCAAUUCUGGUGAUCAAGGAUGGCAUUCGAGGAUAUCGAUUUCUAUAGAAUGUUUACAAAUUUUUGAAAUUGUCGCGCGAGCAGCUGAUUUACAAGUCGAUCGAGUUUCUCCGGUAUCGCGCAUAUUCGUCUUCUCUUUUCACCUCGUUCUAUGCAAAUGCCUCGAACCUUGUGCGCGAUUCACGGUUUAAAAAUAUUCGUCGCCGGCGGAUUGCGGAUGUUCAUGCUAAUUUGCGAUUCUAACCGUGCACGUCGAACGGAAUCUCGCGUUUCUCUGUUUUCGAACAGGCAUUCGGCCCUUCCUUCCCGGUUGCGGCGAGCAAUCCGCGCUGUCGAACGUCCAUCGACGAACAAACAUCUGGUUCGACGUUCUUUUUAAUAACGUUUACUGGGAAAAUCAUUAUAACUCUAUUUUUCUAAUUGUACUCUUACAAAUUUCGACUGACGCGAAGGUCGAUCGGCGAGCCACAGAUUUCUAUCUCUCAGAAAGUCACGUAAAACCUCGCAAGCGUGUGUUCCGUAAUAUUCUCCCGUAAUUUAUUCGCGAAUAUAAUAUUCAUACCGCAGUACUUGUUAAUAAUUGUAAAGUAACGAUCCAAAUAAUGCUGUAAUAAUCUCAAGCAUAGUUUCCUAUAUCUCUCUCGGAGUACCAUUUUCCAUUGGAAUUCCGUAUUUCGUGUCGCAAGAUAAACAAGGCGGAAAUAGAAACGUUGUGGCUUUCCGAAGACUGACGAAUCGGAGCUUCCGCAGGGGUCCUCUUAAUGUCUCAAUUAACCGCUCGAUUAACCAGCUUCCCAUUAACCCUUUACCGGCGAGGAUUUCUUCGAAGUAUCGAGAACCUUUCGCCGUGGGAGUUGAAUUGCGCAUCGAAGUUUUGAAUGGAGGAAAAGGAAACUGGUGAUUUGUUAUUCGAACAAACUCAUUGUUUACAACUUUGUAUACUUGAUGUGAAAGUUUGAUGUGGAAAUGACGACAUUCGUCCUCAAAGAUCCUUUCGUCGGGAAACUGAAUCCUAGGAACAUUCUAUGCAUACGUUCACUCGAAAGUACAGUCAUUGAUAACGGGAGAGCAGCGUUUAAUUCGCACACGAAAGAAUCGUGUAGUAUCUAUCUUUACCCGAUUUCGUUUGAAAUUAUCGCCACGGGUCUCUUACUCAAUGUUACAGGGCAAGGGGUUAAUCCUCUGCACUCCAGAGACUCUCGGUUACUACGUGAUUUGAUAAGUCAAACUAUCAAGCUUGAUAUUCAUCAGUUAACCGUGGAAUUUUUUCUGAACAAUCAUUCAAAAUAGACUCAGCGACGAGCAUACGCGUCGAACGCGAAGCUGAUUAAUGUACUUAACCGCUUAUCUUAUGAUUCGUUUCUUAAUAAUCAUCGAUGCAACCGAUAAAUCUAAUCUAAUACGAUAAUGUUUCAGAGAAGAACCGAUUUCGAUGUUUAUUCUCUCUACGCUUACUACAAAGCUUAACGAUCGAUAAUAAAAAAGUAUUACGGAAUUUAUAUUUAUAUUGAAUUUAUAUUGACUCCGGUCGACGAAAUCGAGUUUCAACACCUUUUAAAUCGUAGAGAAUUUUAUUUAAGUAUCGGUACUCGGUUUGGUCGCACGUAAAAACUGCCUUCUCGCUUCCAGAAAAACUGAUACAUAGUCAAACCUGUUUUUCUAGCGUAGAUAGGGACUGCAUAAAAGAAACCGCGCAGAAAACAAUGUUCAGAAAUUUACGAAACAGCGAGAAAGUGCUUUCGAACGAAAUAAAUAAUUGAAUUACACGUGGAAUCAUUUUAAAAAAAUUUAAUUUCUCAUACAAGGAGACAUUUUCACAAUGUAUGUAAUUCACUGCUACUUGUCGUAGUAAAAAACGCGCAUCUUGCGAUGAACUGGUUCAAAUUUUCGUCGCUUAAAAAACAACACCGUUGGAAUUCAUGUACCGCAUAAAAAAAAUCGCACAAAAAGAAUUGCAUAGAAAAGGACCACACAAAAACAGGUUUCACUGUAUAUAUAUAUAUAUAUAUAUAUAUAUAUAUUAUUAUGGGAAAUGUGGUAGGGAAGAGGUCAAAAGGUAGAUCUGUCUUAGUGACUCAGUAAUCUUAACCCUUUGCAUUCGAGAGGUCAGAGUCACCAUUCGAUUUGACACUGCAAAAUUAUGAAGUGAACGUUUAGUAUGUUAAAUGAAACUUUCUAUUGCAAUGUGAAAUAUUUCGAUAACAUAGCUUUGUUGCUUAAUUUCUCUGUGAAUUAUCGUUGAGUUAGUUUCAAACGAUGCCGACUACAUCUCGUUGGAAAAUGUUGAAUAUUUCCAGGCGAAAACUUUCGAGUGCAAAGGGUUAAUUGACGCAUCCCUGGCUCGGCAAUCGCGACGCAUUGUCAUUGGGUCAUCGGGUAUACAACAUGGAAAACAAAGGAACGACAUUUAAAUUUGUCAAAUUCAGUUGCAAAUUUUCGCGCGAGUCCGACACGACAUUACAAGCCAAGCAGUUAAUGUAUUAAAAUAAUCGGCCGACGCCGAGGUAUCUCUAAUUAGCAUAGCCGCGAAAGAAAUCGCGGGACAGGAGCUUAACCCUUUGCACUCCGCAGGCGCCUCUCAGUCGCCAGUUAAUAUCACAGCGGAAUUAAGUUCGAUAUUCAAUAUUAAUCUUUGUGCAACGUGUCCAUAUGUGGAAUAUUGAAAGAAAUCAGUUUCGUUCAAUUUACGUGUGAUGUCUCCGUCGAGUCAGUUUGAAGGAAUGUCGUUGGUAUCUUAGAGAAUGUUGAGCAGUUCUAAUGAGGAACUUGUGGAGUGCGAAGGGUUAAAGGUUCAAGAUCUCGGGUUAUUUCCGCGCGAGUUUCCCCGACGACGCGAAGGUAACUUACGCCGCGGCGUUCCGGACGGGUCCAGGAAAAAUCCCGGCCAUUAGGAAGAAAAGGAACGCGGAGGUUCGAGGUUGACCUCAAAAAUAAAAAUCCUCCGGAGACGAUGAGACCGCGUUUUAUCGGUGAUCGCCCCGUUAACGCUUCGAGCGCCGCGUCGCCGAGAAAUGGGCCUCGUUCACUCGAAUAGGAACCAUUUUCUUAUCUCCCGCGCACCUCGAAUGCCACAAUGGAGCCUUAUUUUUUAACAGCUGCUUCACGGUGGCUGUCGAAAGACGCCAUCCAAUAUUUUCAUUCAACCUUUUGCACUCCAGAAAUUUCUCACUGGAAGUAUUCAAUAUUUUCUAAUGAGACACUGACGACGUUUUCUUAGAUGGAAUUGAGAAAUCUCACAUGCAUCGAGGAAAACUAUUUUCUUUCAAUGUUUCGU